AAUUGUGCUAAAGAAUAUGUAUUAUCAAGCGUGUCAAAUUUGUGUGUCUAAAUAGCAUUAUUGUUAAUUUAUUUUAAUUUAAACCUAAUUAAUAAUAACAUGGCUUAGAGUGGAGAAUCUUCUUUGUGAAAUUAAAACAACUAGCUAGUACUAAUUUAAGGCCCCUCCUCCUCCUCUCCAAAUCCUCUUGCCACUUUCACCAAAAACCGAAAACAAUGGGUUACAAGCUCUACACAAUACAAAGCCCCAUUUCACAGCCGCCACCGCCUCCUCCGUCACCAAAAACCAACUUAUCCAUGCUGUAUUACGGCCUCAUAGUCUUUGGAACAGUUGGCAUAAUCCUAGCCAUGUACAACCUUAUCUUCAUCAAAUGGACCUCGAGGCGCCACGGCCAGUCUCCGGCGUCAAGACCAUCAAACAGUUUGGUUGAUCUCUCAAGAACAAGGAGGGGUAGGAGCUUUGAGAACUUGGGCAGCUUCAGGUACCAGAAGAAAGAGGAAUCAACGACAAAAGAUGAAAAUUCUGUUGAAUGUGCUGUUUGUUUGUCAGUUUUUGAGGAUGGAGAAGAAAUAAGAAAGCUGCCUACUUGCAAGCACUCUUUUCAUGCUCCUUGCAUAGACAUGUGGCUCUACUCUCACUCUGACUGCCCGAUCUGUCGCACGCCCGUGCCCGUCAGCUCGUGGUGUCAUCCGCAGCUGACGACUACGCCGGAGGACAAUUCCAGAGAAGGCCUGCUAGUCUGAGCUUUCUAAGGUUUCAUUUUUCUUUUCUUUUUUCGUUUCUUUUUUUUCCAUUUACAGAAAAAAAAAUUCCCAUUUUUUUAGGGUUUUUGUUGGGAGUUUGUUGGUUUGUAAAGUGGGACGAUGGUAUCAAGGAGUGCAUGGUAGAAAACAAGGAUUAGGUGGAGAAAUUUUUACCAAAGUAUCAGGAAUACAAGUUACGUAAUAUAUAAUUCCACGAGUUAUAAUAA